UUGAUGCCACAUCGACGUAACAACCGGAUAAAAUCCCACCAACUUCACAAAGAGCGGCAUACGAUGGCCUUGUCUUUGAACUGUACUUCUUAUUAGUGACACCAAAUUUAACCUACACAUUCCUAAAUGAAUUUAGUAAGCCGGUGUUUCUCAAGAAUGACUGUUUACGAAAUGAAUGAAAGAGCAAAUAAAGAAAUUGCUGAACCAUAUAUAAAGAGUGAAGAAGGAUACUGGCAUAGUCUGAGAAAAUAUUUAAGAGAAUAUGCGGAAGUAACAGGUCUCCAGGGAUUCCGGUACGUUGCUGAAAAACGUUCAACAGCUGAAAAGAUUAUUUGGAGUUUGGCUUUGAUAUUUUCAUUAGGUGGUUGUAUGUAUAUGAUUUCCGAAAUUCUGAAUAAGUAUGAGAAUAGUCCAGUGGUUGUCAGUUUUGCGACCGAAGAUACACCGCUGUAUAAAAUUCCGUUCCCUGCUGUUACCAUUUGUCCAGAAGCAAAAUAUGACACAAGGGUGUUCAAUUAUAGCGAUAUCUUUUAUCGGGUAAAGGAUGGCAAAUCAGUGAGCAAAACAAAUUUAACGAUGUUUCAACGUCUAAGUGUUCUCUGCGAAGUCAAAUAUCCUACCGAAUUUGAAAAUAAUACACUGGAUAACGAAGUCUUUGAAACCAUAGACAAAACUAAAAUUGAACCAAGGGAUAUGUUUAUGCUCUGUAGUUAUAUCAAUGAAACUAAUGGGCUGGGUUGUGAGUCAUUAUUUAAGCCUGUUUUUAUAGAUGGAGGAUUAUGUUAUUCGUUUAAUAAUUUAGGCCGAGAUGACAUAUUUAACGAUCACGUGUAUAAUUACGCAAAAUACUAUGAAGUUCCUCACAAAAUGGCAGAUUAUUUCAAUGUGGAAACCGGAUACAAAGAAAAUAUCGGUAUUGACGCGUAUCCUAGAAGAACGCUAAAGCCUGGUCCAAAAAAUGGAAUGACAAUAUUGUUAAAGUUUGACGAUAAAUGGCAUGAUCCUACAUGUAAUAUUUUUUUCAAGGGAUUUAGAGUUUUAAUUCAUAGCCCUUGGGAAGUGCCUCUCUUUGGACAAUAUUACAUUAGCGUUCCCACUAAUAAAUAUUUGUCCGCUGUUGUGGAAGGUGAAUAUGUCCGAUCUUCUGAAAAUCUCAGCAAAAUUAAGGCCAAGAAAAGAAGGUGCUACAUGCGAGAUGAAUACUCUCUAAAAUAUUUUAAAAUUUAUACUCAAUCUAACUGUUUCCUUGAAUGUCGCACUAAUUAUACCUUGAAACAAUGUGGCUGUGUUCAAUAUUUCAUGCCCCGCGAGAAUACAACUGCGAUUUGUGGUAGACCUCUUCACGAAUGUACACAACAAGCUGAAAGUGCCUUCAUAAAAGAACAACUGGAAGCUAACUUAAAAGGAUAUGACUUUUGUGAUUGUCUACCUGCCUGUUCAAAUUUGAAAUUUCGGGUAGAAACUUCGCAAGACACUUUCCAUGUGAAAGAAUUUUGGAAUGCAAUAGGAGGCGCCGAUAGAUAUUUAGAAGGCUGGUCCUGGUCAUUGAUGCAUAUUUAUUUCAAAGACGAACAGAUUAGAACACUGGAAAGAAAUGAACUGUAUGGUACCUCUGAUUUAAUUUCCAACUUAGGAGGCCUUUUAGGAUUAUUUACGGGAUUUUCAUUGCUUUCGAUUAUUGAAAUUCUUUACUUUUGUUCUUUACGUAUUUUCUGCAAUAAAAAAAUCUAUGGAAGUUGGUCAGGUCCUUAAACUAAAGGACGAGAUAACACUUCUAGAAAAGUCUGAAGCAAUUUUAUUAGGAGAAGGUCAAUGCACUUUUCUUUCACUGGAACG